AUGGAUAAAGGAAAUUGCUCCUCUCCAGGUGAAUUUGUUUUCUUGGGAAUUACUAAUAACCCUGACACAAAAGUGGCCCUCUUCACCACAUUCCUACUUGUUUAUCUUAUUAAUCUACUGGCCAACCUUGGUAUGAUCAUUUUAAUUAGAAUGGACUCUCAACUCCACACACCCAUGUACUUUUUCCUUAGCCACCUCUCGUUCUGUGACCUCUGUUAUUCCACAGCAAUUGGACCCAAGAUGCUGGUGGAUCUUUUCGCUGAGAAGAAAUCAAUUUCCAUGGUUGGCUGUGUUUUGCAGUUCUUUACUCUCUGUGCCUUUGUUGAUUCUGAGUGUCUACUGCUGGCAGUGAUGGCCUUUGAUAGGUACCAGGCCAUCAGCAACCCCUUGCUGUAUACAGCAAACAUGUCAAAUAGGGUGUGUUCUAUGCUCAUAGCUGGGGUUUACCUGGUGGGAACAUUAGAUGCCUUCAUACAUUCUACCCUUGUCUUCCGCUUGUGUUUUUGUGAAUCCAAUGAGAUCAACCAUUUCUUCUGUGACGUUCCUCCACUUCUAUUAAUAUCUUGCUCAGAUACAGAGGUUAAUGAAUUAGCAAUAUUCACAAUUUUUGGGUUCAUUGAGCUGAGCACCAUUUCAGGACUCCUUGUCUCCUACUGUUACAUCAUCUCAUCAGUCUUUAAGAUCCACUCUGCUGAGGGGAGGUUUAAAGCUUUCUCCACCUGUGCCUCCCACUUGACUGCUGUUGCAAUUUUUCAGGGAACUCUGCUAUUUAUGUAUUUCCGGCCAAGUUCUUCCUAUUCCCUUGAUCAAGACAAAAUGGCAUCACUGUUUUACACACUGAUGAUACCAAUGCUGAACCCUCUGAUUUACAGUCUGAGGAACAAGGAUGUGAAAGAUGCUCUGGAAAAGUUGAAGAAUAAAAUGUGA